AUGGGGGUGACGGUGGAGGUGCACCGCGUGUACCGGUACCCCUUCGAGCAGGUGGUGGCCAGCUACCUCCGCAAGUAUCCCAGUCCCAUGGAGAAACAUGUCACGGCUGUAGAAACAGUGGAAGAGAAAACAGAUUUGUCUACGGGGAUUAUUUACCGGAGGAGAAUUGCAACGUGCCGGAAUGUAAUUCCUGAAAUUUUAAGAAAGGUCAGUGUCUUAAAAGUGCCCAACAUCUACUUGGAAGAGGAAUCUUGGCUUAAUAUGCAGAAAAGAAAUAUGGCUAUGAAAACUCAUUGUCUUACGUGGACACAGUAUGCGUCUCUGAGCGAGGAGUCUGUCUUCAGAGAGAGCUUGGAGAAUCCAAACUGGACAGACUUCACACAAAAAGGCAGAAUAUCAGUUACGGGGGCAGGUUUGCUCAACUGUGUGUUGGAAGCUUUUGCUCAAUCGUUUUUAAAACAAGGUGUGAAGAAGGGUAUUAAAAUAAUGGAGACACUUCUUCAGGAGCAGUGUGAGUGAUCGUGCUCUUAAUGAGCAGCUGAGGAAAUGUAUUUGUGUAGAGUGUCCUUGGAACCGCAUAUCUUCAUUGCCGUCGGAAUUCCAUGGCUGUUGUCUGAACUUUACUGGUACCAUUUUAUUGAGGAAAGACUGCACAUCUUUUACAAAAGAUUGAGGAAUUGUACUACUUAAAGGGGAUGUUGAUCAUGAAAAUCACGGAGGAACAAGUGUAAGCUUGGAAACAGCAUCGUCCUGUGAAUUGGUGCUAUAAUCUCUAGAGACUGAGAAUUCGGUAAGGGAACAUAGACCAGCAAAACAAAAACAGCCCUUGUCGCUAUGCGGACACCCUUGCCUAGUCAACCAGUUGCUUUGUGUCUUGUCAAGGGAGGUGCAAGCACACCCCGUGUGCUGUUUAUUUCACAGCUUCGUUCUGUGGGGUAGAGGCUUCAUUCUACAGAAAUGAAGCUCAACUCCAGCAGCUGAGUAGGGUUACUGUUCCCCGCUUGAGUCACUCAUUACUUCAGUUCUGAUUGCUGUGUUGGAAAUAUUUGGUUAUUAUACCCCUGCCGGCAUGAUUGUUUUCAGCUGUAAAGACAUGCCUCAAUACUAGUUUUGCAUAUAUUUGAAUUCUUUCAGAAAGUAUUUCUCAUAUUGCUUCUGAAUAGAAGAAGAAGAAACCUGGAGGGGAAUUGAUCACGUGCAAGUAAAGUUCCUGACAAAGGGUGUCUCAUACGCUUCUCCUCCUUUUGUUCCACACACCGCAUUAGGAUAGUUUUAUUUUAAACUUUUCAUUUAAAAUUCAGAUAAGCACAAACCGUCUUUGAUACCCUUUACUGAGUUAGGGUAAUACCACACUUUACAAAUAGCCCCGUUAAAGUCUGCGUUUGUUCUUUGUGGAGGUUUGAACCAGUUAUUUGAUUGCCCUAAAGCAAAAUGAUCGGCUUUGCAUUUUUCAGGGUGGGUUGUGUUUUAUUUUCUCAAAUGUGAUGUAAACUCUCAGUGGACUCUUCCUUAUGCUAUGCCUGAGUGCUGCGGGCCUGCUUAUUUCAAUAUUUAAUGGUCUCAACUAUCCUAUUCUGAAGCUACACGAGCAUACUACUAAACAGCCCAGCCACAGGCUGUGGCCACGCGCCAGCUCUCCAGUAGUGUGAAUCCACGAACCUUUGCUUCCGUGGCUGGUGCUAUAGGUUUACACUAUGGGAGGUGCUAGCCCAUACCUUGUGAUGAGAGAGCCGUGACACCGUCCUCAGGAAAUGACCGUAUUUUGUAUUGGCACGGUGGAACAAAAUACUUUCCUUCAUCUUUCUUAUUUUGGUUGUUAACUGAUUCUUGUGAAUUUGGACUCUGAAUGCUGAACAGUAAAUAUUUAUGAAAUGUAAUGGCCAAGACUAAAUACACUCAUUAGCAUAUUUAUUUUUAUUGAGUUGCUGCUUUGUGUGCCUGAGGAAAUUAUCAAAUUACUUCUGUUUGAACUGCUAUGUACAGUUUUAGGACUAGCAUUUUUAUUCUCGCAUCACUCUGGAUUUUGGAAUUAGGAUAGGAAGCAUUUGCGUCCUCCCCCACCCCCAAAGUAGAAGUAGUCUUGGAAUAAUGAAAGUCCCACAAAAUCCAGGCUCUUCCUCAAAGCCCGAGUUGCCCAUCUGCUUACUGGUGGGUGCCAAAAGGAGAAGGGUUCAGACUUCUCCUGGGAGCAAGGUGCUUUUUGUGCGGCCAGGGUGGUGGAGUGGCCUUCCUUGGGCUCACCCUCGGGGCUCAGGUCUGCCCCUGCCUGCUGGGGAGCAGCCCCCCGGGGCAGGGGAGCGACCCUGCUCCAGCCGCAAACCGGCACCUGCGAGGAGCUUCCGUUCCGAAGACCUUCGAGUGCUGCCUCCUGUGUCGGAGCUGAAGUCAUCCCGCUGCUGAACGGUGUCCCUGCCUUCCCCUGGGAGCAGUCACCGCUCACAGGGAGGUCUGAGGAGCUCUUGUUGGCAGGGCGGACGGAGUCCCUCAGGACGCUGCAAAGCCAGUGACCGGGGCACGGGGAUGUGAUGGACACGUUCCCCGGGGAGCGGUGUCACGGUAUCGAACGUACAGGUCAAUCCCGGUGGGCAAUUAACUUCACCCAUCUAAUUUUUUUCAGAAAUAACUUGCCUUUUUUUUUUUUUUUGCUCUGUGUGUCUGUAUGUUUCUUCCUGAUGUAUAUUGUCAUACCGAGAUGAAGUCAAACAUUUUCAGAUACAGAAAAUAAACUGACCAGAUCUGAUGUCCCCUCUCAGACCAUCUGUAAGACAGUGUGUAGUCACACUGAUCUCUAGGCAUAAAGAGAAUCCCCUAAUUGCUCAAAAAAAUGAGAAAGCUCCCUGUUUAUAAGUUUUAUGUAAUUGUUGAAAUGUUUAAAACUUUCCCCGACUGCAAUCAUGAUGGUUUAAAUGAUGAUUUAACUUACUGAUAGUAUUCUUCCUGGGAGCUUUGACAACGUUGGCCUGUAGAAAUCAGCGUUCCCAGCAGUCCUGCCAGCCUCUUCUUCUGAGUAACAGGAUGGUGAACGAAAAGGAAAUACUGUUUUUCAGAUUGUUUUAUGAAACUAGUUAAUACACACUUGUUUAAUUGUAGCUAAGUUAAAUUUAAAAAUUAAGAAAAUGAGUAUUUCAUUCUCUUAAUCGUUGUAUUGUAGUGUCCCAUUAAAGCUCAUCUGUGAGUGUUUCCAUUAAAGGGU